AUGGUCCUGAACCUGCUCAUGACAGCCUGGGCCUUUGCCGGCCUCGCCUUGUCUGCUCUAUGUCUGGAAAAUGCCACAACGAUACCCGAGGGAUGGCAGAUGCUCCGAGAGAUUCCCGACCCGUCGACACCGAUGCGGUUCUCCGUCGCUCUCCGACAGCCUGAUGUCCACCAGCUGGCGUCCAAGAUCCUGUCCGGCUCUUUGCUUGACCAAGCCCAUGUUCUGCCUCUCCGAAAGCCGGCCCAGAAGGACGUCGAGGACGUCAUGAGCUGGCUCUCAGGCAGCGGCAUCACCAAAACCGAAGCCGACCUAGAUUGGAUUCACGUGUCAACCACCGUGGGCCAAGCCGACAAGCUCCUCGACACGCAGCUCAGACGCUACUCGUUUGCUGGCAGGCCACCAAUACUACGCACCACAGAGUAUAGCAUUCCGGACCAACUCGCCGACGCCAUCGACUUCAUUCAUCCCAUUGCCAACUUCAUGACCCCCGAACACGAAGUCUCGCUCGCUCCCUCGCAGCCAAGACACCGGAGCUCGAAAAAAACUCGUCGCGGCGGCCUGGCUUGUGUGUCCUCCACCACGCUGGACUGCAUCAGUAAGCUGUAUGGAAUAGAUUAUCGCACGCCCGACGGCAAAUCUCCCAUUCGCUUCGGCAUAGCGGGCUUCCUGGAGCAAUGGGGCAGCCACGCCGACCUGGACCAGAGUUUCCGGACAUGGCGGCCAGACCUUGCCAAGGCUCGAUACAACUUUUCCGAAGAACUCGUCAAGGGCGGCGUCAACAGGCAAGAUGUCGGCGCGGCGGGAGCAGAAGCCAGCCUGGACCUUCAGUUUGGGAUGGCUGUUGGUUAUCCCACCAACGUCGUGUACUACUCGACUGGCGGGCUAGGCGAGAAGCUGAACGGCAACGCCACGCCAGUGACUGGCGAGCUCAAUGACAACGAACCUUACCUGGACUUUUUCCAGUACCUCUCGAGCAAGCCGAAUGACCAGCUUCCUCACGUCAUCUCCGUCUCGUAUGCGGACGAUGAGCUCUCGGUUCCCAAACCGUACGCCAUCAGAGUUUGCAACGAGAUCGGCAUGCUCGCCGCGCGUGGCGUGUCUGUCCUCAGCAGCUCUGGCGACGGAGGUGCCAAGGGCGCAAGGAGUGCCACGUGUCGCACCAACGACCAAAGCCACAGAGACAUGACUAUGGCGACGUUUCCGGCUUCCUGUCCCUGGGUAACUUCGGUUGGGGCCGUCAACAACGGCCGAGAUCCGCCCGAAGGAAGUGAUUUCAGCUCUGGCGGCUUCUCCCAGUACUUUGCGCGACCAGGUUGGCAGCGGAAGGCGGUCAAGGAAUACGUCCGUAACCUCAACGGACACCUCGGGGGCUAUUACGACCCCAAGAUGCGAGCCGUGCCCGAUAUUUCUGCCAUUGGCACCCAGUUCGACACGAUUAUCAAUGGCGCCUCGAAUAGUCUUCAAGGUACCAGUGCCAGCACCCCCGUUGUGGCCGCCAUGAUUGCGUUGAUCAACGAUGCAAGGGUGCGCAGAGGGAAGAAGGUGCUGGGCUGGCUGAACCGCAAGCUCUAUUCCGACCGAGUCCGCGAAAUUCUUCAAGACGUCACAACGGGACAAAGCAUAUCCUGCGUGUUUUCCGAUGGCAAGGCACCUGGUGGAUGGCCGGCGAAGCCAGGCUACGAUACCAUUACUGGUCUGGGCGUGCCCAACAACUUUCAGAAAUUCAUGCAGGUGCUGGCCGACAUGUAA